AUGGGCCGACUGAAGCUAAAAGAAAACGUAGGCGACGAUAGCACAAGUGCAGGUGCACUCCGUGGACCAAAAAACUCUGCAAUGCGUAAGCUGUGGAAAGCCAAGCUCCGAAUUGGAAAGCCGCUAACAUCGUUCAUGAAUGUAUGCAGCGAGCAUUUUGGGCGAGAUGACUUCUUCUGGCACAAUGUUGAUCACUCUAUCUGGACGCCGCGACUGAGGCGGUUAAAGAAGACUGCUGUGCCGUCCGAGAACCUUCCUAAACGUAGCCACGACAGCGUCCACACGUCUGCCCAAAAAGCUUCUGCAGUGUCUCGAGAAGCACGAGCUUUGGCUCGAACAUCGCGACUCACGGACACAAGAGGUAGCAAUGAAUCGCCACAAAACAUCGAGCCUGCUGAAUGUGAAAGUGGCUCUGCUGUAUGUGACAGUGACAGUGUGCAACUCUCGUCAUUGGAACUGCCAAGGACUACUAAAGAUGAUGGUGUUUGUGAACAAGAGUAUGCUUCAGUCCAAGCCGAUUCAAUGGAACAAAAACUGAGAAAACUCACCCUAGCAGACUUAACUUCGAGCAAAGGUGCCUUGCAGAAGUUCACUGGUGUUCCCUCCUUUGAGCUGCUUAACAAGAUUGUGCAUCAUGUAGACAAUUUCAGUGGUACUAAGGCCAAGUCAUCAACAAACAGCAGGGUACACCUCGUGCUUGUACGUCUUAAGACUGGUUUGUCCUUUAACUGCAUGAGUCCUUUGUUUGGUGUAAGUGAAGCUUCCGUACACCGCUAUUUCUCCUCAACACUGCCCAUCCUCGCACAAGUAAUGAGGGCCGCACUUUCCUGGCCCUCAAAAGAAGAGGUGAUGCAAAACAUGCCACUGUGCUUCUCGUCGUUCCCUCGAGUUAGGGUGGUCCUAGAUGGAACGGAAGUGCAGAUUGAGAAAUCACAAUGCCUUGCGUGCCGCAUCAAGACCUAUUCCCACUACAAAGGAUGCCACACUGUGAAAUUCCUUGUUGGUGUCUCUCCUGGAGGUCUCAUCACGCACAUCAGUGAGGGCUUUGAGGGAAGAGCCUCAGACAAGACCACAAUUGAACAAUCUGGUAUUCUCAAGAAACUGUCCGCUUACAAAGAUGAUGUGAUGGUUGAUAAAGGGUUCGCGAUCGAUGUUGCUUGCAGUGAAAGUAAUAUUGGUCUCAUCCGGCCGCCGUUUCUGAGGAAAAAGCAACAAUUCUCGGUCCAGGAGGCAAAAGAAACAUAA